AUGGACAAGAUAGGACUUGCCAGUGACGUCAGGAAAUGCAGCCACUAUAAAUGGGCUGGCACCCCUCAAGCCGCCGCCAGGGCCCUUCCUUCUGAGCUGUCGGGAAGUUUCGCCACCUACUUCCCCAGGGUUCUGAAGCAUGUUCACGAGGGCCUGAGCCUCUCACAGGAGGCUGUGAGCAUCAUGGAUUCGUUCGUCAAGGACAUGUUCGAGCACAUCGCCAAGGAGGCCUCUCGCCUGGCCCGCUCCACCAAGUGCUCCACCAUCACCUCCAGGGAUAUCCAGACAGCCGUGCGUCUGCUGCUGCCCGGGGAGAUUGGCAAGCACGCUGUGUCCGAGGCCACCAAGGCCGUCAUCAUGUUCAACAGACGCAAAUGA